UCUGGCAACUUCAUUCGAAGCAAGUGUUCUAGCUUUCGCCAUUAAUGGAAUCAUAUUCAAUUCAAGAGGCUUAGCUUGUGUAGGUUUUUAGUGAAGUGGUCUAAAUAACCACUGGAAAAUAUUACCAAAUAGGAGAACGUAGCCGUAUAAUUUUCAGCGUUUGUGAUAAGGUGAUUUAUGUCUGAGGCAGAAAACUGAAAUGCUGCUUUUCCAGAACCGAAGCGAAAAUUUGAAGAAGAAGAAGAGUUACCAAAUCGCCUGUGAUCAAAAGUUUCUCAUUCCUUGCAAUUUGUGACUGGUGUGAGAUUUCUUAUAUUAGCGGGACAUUUCUCCUCCAGAAAGGUCAUGGGGAGCAAGUGCGGGUCGCUCGGAAAGCACGUCUUGCCCUUGUCGAGUGGGUGCAUGGUCCUCUCGGGUGGAAUUCAGAUGGUGGGUGCCCUCGCCCUCGCCAACUCAAUCGUCAUGCUUCUGCUCUUGCUAGCUGGCUUCUGGAACUUCAUCUGUGGCCUAUCCUUGAUGGUAACUGGAAGUAAGGGGUAUGUUAGAGGUCACACUCAGACAACGAGGAGGAGGAAAUUGCAUUGCGUUCGUUUGUUGCUGAUCCUGACUACGAUCAUCCUCGCUGUUGCCAUCAUACUGGUCCAUCUCGAACGCAUCCGAAUGAUCGAGCCCUGGUCUGAUGACGUCAUAUCGGCCAGGAGAAAACUGAAAUACGCAUCCUUGAGUCGAGCUUUUGAUAAUAUAGGUAUUUGGGUAGUGACUGUAACCAGCAUCACCGGAGCAGUAUCCAGCCUAUGCGCCCUUGCUUCAGUCCUUCCGUGUGCCGUCUCCAGUACCUUCUCGCUUCACAGUCACCUGGCCACUGUGGAAUCCGUAGGGUGGGUUUAUGAGCCCACCCCGAAGCCUGACGUUAUUGAAAACUGCCCUCCGCACAGGCUGCCGCAGGCUCUUAUAAGUCCAUCCCGCCGCAAAUCAAGGAAGCCAGCACUGAAGUCCAAAUCGGUGACGCUCGUUUCCUUCAAGCACGGAGCUUCGUUGAACAGGCAGACAACGUCGCUCCCUACGAGGUCGUCCAAGGGACGACACAUAGUCUUUGUGGAGAGUUGGCAUUUGGCCCCCACUCUGCCCAUGAAUUUGAAUUUUGGAAAUAUUCGUCCGGCUGAUAGCCCGAGAUCCGAGCGUCAGAAGGACCUGUCUUCCAAGUGUCCCAGAAGCCCUUCUGCCAAGUAUCCAAAAAGCCCUUCUACCAAGUAUCUAUCAAGCCCUUCUGCCAAGUGUCCAUCAAGCCCUUCUACCAAGUAUCUAUCAAGCCCUUCUGCCAAGUGUCCAUCAAGCCCUUCUACCAAGUAUCUAUCAAGCCCUUCUGCCAAGUAUCCAAAAAGCCCUUCUACCGGGUGUCCAGCAAGUCCUACUACCAGGUGUCCAUCAAGUCCUACUGCCAGAUAUCAACCAAUGCCUUCUAUCAGGUGUCUACCAAUUCCUUCCACCAGGUGUCAACCAAAUCCACCAAUUCCUUCCACCAGGUGUCCACCAAGUCUUUCAACCAGGUGUCCACCAAGUCCCUCUACUAGAUGUCCACCAAGUCCUGCUCCCAGGUGUCAGUCAAGACCUUAUGCCGGGUGUCGGCCGAGUCUGUAUCCUCAAAGCAAUUUGCUGGAGUGUGCAGAUUUAUGAACUUUCGGUUGCUGAAUAUUGCCUUGGAAUUGAUUUAAAGGAUUUGAUAUGGCCCAUCUCUUGUAUAUUUCUUUCUGACUUUGCAGGUUACGUCUUUAUUUAUUACAUAAUUAUAAUGCUUUUCAAAUUGAAAAUUGUACAUUGAGUCAGUACAGUUACCCCUAGAAGGUUUUCAUCAAGAAUGCUUCAGAUUGUAACAAUUAUGUCUGUUUCUUUCUGAUUGUAACAAUUAUUUAUACGUUAUGCAUUAUCUCGCACCAUUAUUGUAAAUGGGUAAAAAGUUAAGAUUCUCAGAAGUCAGGUCAAAUGUAAACCGUAAAAAAUAGUAGUUGAAACGUACAUGAUAACCGGUUGAAUUAACGACCCUGUGAUUGGGAAUGCAGAGGAUCCUUAGGUGUAUGUAGAGGUUUAUGGGUUUUUAAAUCGAGCUAAAAUCUUGUUGAGUCAGUCUUCGUAGUUGAGAGAUUUUUCUAUCAUCAAAGACUGGAUCAUUGUCUAAUCUUCUACCCCCUUAUAGCCAGCAUCUUAAGUCAUGCACAAGUUUAGCUGUACUAAAAUCAGUUCUGUGAUAAAGAUCCAAAGUAUGAUUAGCCAAAGCACUGUUUUAAGAGGUCAGUGGAGCAAUCUCUAUUCAUCUAACAGUUAUAUUUGCGAUCCCUUACCUGCCUCGCCCACAUAACUGCUUCUUAAAAUCAUGUCUUGGAUUUAUAAAAGCCUCCUUGUGUAUGUGGUACAAUCCCCUUCAUUUUGAGCUAAUUUAUAAUUGAUGUUACAGCUUAAACUUGGUUUCACCGUGAGUAUAGAAUAGAGGAAAGUGGGUUAUCGAAUAAUAGUAUAUAAUUGGAAGUUUUGGGAGGGAGACGGAUCAAGUGCAGGCUAGAUGUGACACAAGUGUUGGAAUGAGGGUGCGCACAAGAUUGAGGCUAGUGGUGCAUUGUGUAUAAAUGUACAAAGCAUCCGCUGUAGCAGAAAUGUCAGGCAUAGAGUGUUCAUGCUUGAUUUUUAGAGCAAGUUAAAGGAUGACAAUUCCAGUGAUUAUUACCUUGCUUUUCCUGGGGCCAACUCAUGUUAAGGGAAUGUGUGUAAUGAUGGUAAAUGUAUAUGUAUAGAUAGAUAUUCCAACACUGGUUUUGGACCCGCUUUCUUGCAUUUUUACUAGUCCCCAUGAUUUUGAUAAUUUACACGGUAGUCGACUUAAAUUUUAACCUGGUUAGAGUACUUUUUAAACAGUUAAUCAAGAAAUAAAGCAAAAUGCAUAUUGGGACAUCAAUGAAAAAGUAUUUAUACUCUAUGAAUAAUAUUCGAAAUGUAAUAGGGAUAAAGCUGGAAAGAAGAAUUGCAUGCUUCUCAAAAGAGGGUUUGAAGGAGAUAAGGUUUAUGUAAAGUUACCUCUGAAUACAGGAGGAGAUAGUGGCCCCAUAAAGAAAAUUGUAAUGAUUAUGAGUUAUUAACCUUGUCUGCAAAUGUAUGUUCGGGCAUUUUAACAGGGAAUUAAUUUUUUUUUUUUUUUUAGCAAACACGUAAACUGCGACUGCUAAGAGUACUUCCAAAACAGUAACAAGAAUAAAUUGUGAAAGUGUUGUUAUUGUAUUUUUUAAUAGUUUAACGAGAAAAUUUCAGAAUCCGGUGACGCAGAAAAAAAAACUAAAAGGAAUUGAAGAAUGAGAAAUUUGCUAGUUUUAUUAUAAAGGUGUGCACGGGUUAAGGUUGAAUUAUAUCCGUUUUGGCUGCUCAGUAUGUCUUAUGGAAGACCUAGAUUUGAAUUUUUCACGCCAGAAAAGAUAAUGUGAACGGAAACAAUGUAAGGGUCUGUAAUAUUUAAAUUAAUAUUUUGGAGAUUUUUUUAGCAAAGCCACGUUUCUCAUAUUUUACAUUGAAGCAGCUUUUAAUAUGUGCUCGUAAAUGGCUCUGAAUUUGCAUGCAGUUUUUAGGUGUUCCAAUACCGACCUAGGGACAGGUGUCAAGCAUCCUGAUGAUAAUAGAAAUACCCUUAGUUUUUCAUACAUUCCUGAGUUUACCAACCUGACAGUCAUUGAUCCCUUGCACUCUUUCUGAACUACUAGCUGGUACGAUGUUACUCUCAACGUGUAGGGACAGUCUGCGGUGCAUUUUAAGCUUCCAUGAGAAUUAUUGUUAAUGUAAUAUGCUCAGUGACCUCGAAAAUUUCAAAGCUACUUCUUGCCGUUGAGGAAUGAACUUCAAUCCCUUAUUUAAUUUUACUUAAAAUAAAGGCUUAGACAACAUCA